UGUCUCUGCUGGUCUUCCAUAUUUCCAUUGGCCACCACCUUCACCGACCAUUGUCGUGGGUUCCCACUGGCAGCUUUUUUGUCUUCUCCUUUUUUUUUUUUUCUUCCAAUAAUUUUAAAAAUAUUCAAUAUUUCUUUUUCUCCUCUUAUAUUUAUUCUGACUCCGUUUUGGUGUUUUUGCAUAUAAAGAUUUUGAUGGGGUGGUAAUAUUUCUCUCUCUCUCUCUCUCUCUCUCUCUCUCCCCUCCCUUUUUCUUCCACCCUCAAACAGUAAUGAAGAAUCGCAGGUGUUGUGAAAAAGUGGCGGUUAUAGAAGAAGAAGAAGAAGCAGUCUCAUUCCAAAAAACCAGUCAUUUCACAAAGAAGAAGAAGAACAAACAGAAUCUCACCAACCGCACGAGUGUUUCUCUGUUUUCUUUGAUGUGAUCCUUUAAAAGAAACACAAAAGAAAUUUGGGUUCUGGGUUUUUUUCUUCUUUUAAAAAAAAAAAUUAAAAAUUUAAUCUUUUUGUUUUUUUUGGGUAUUUGAUUUUGGUUUUGAUGAAUCAAGGAAGGCAAAUUCAGAUGGUGGGGGGAAGUAAUUACAUGAACAAUCAAGGGCAAUACAAUGACACAACUUUUACCAAAAUCUUUGUGGGAGGGUUGGCCUGGGAGACUCAAAGGGAAACCAUGAGAAGGUAUUUUGAACAGUUUGGGGAGAUCUUGGAGGCUGUUGUGAUCACAGAUAAAAACACUGGAAGAUCCAAGGGUUAUGGAUUUGUUACAUUUAAGGAUCCAGAGGCAGCCGUGAGGGCGUGCCAAAAUCCAUCCCCUGUGAUUGAUGGAAGGAGGGCAAACUGCAAUCUCGCAUUUCUUGGUGCACAAAAGACUCGCCCACCAAUUCCUCUUCAUGGUGCAGGAAGGUUUAGAGCAGCGCAUAGGUUGGUGGCUCCACCAGCUGCUUAUCAUGGAUCAUCAUCAACCUAUUUCCCUCAACCCACUGGCCAAUACACAUUUCCUUAUUCAGCUUAUGGGUACACUGGAUAUUCACAAGAUUCCAUGUAUCCCAUGAACUAUUACGGUGUCUAUGGCGGUGGUGGCCAACAAUUCUCACCUUACUACACCACCACAACUGGAGGUGCAUCUGGGCCAGCUGGAAUUUACCAAAAUGUCCACCCAUUAUAUGCUCAAUAUGCUCAGAGUAGUAGCCAGGCUCAUGCCCUUGGUGUCCAAUAUCCCCAAAUGGUACAGUACCCUUAUUUGCCUCAGCCCUAUGGGUCCACCUCCACAGCUGGGAUCCUCUCACUUCCUCCUCCUUCAAUGCCAAUCACCUCCUCCGCAUCUACCCCAGGUGCAACAACAGCAGCAACUGGGGUCACGUCAGCGGGGGCAAAUGCCUAACAACCUUCUGGGGCAAAUUCUGGGCAGAGUUCUGCAACUUAAUAUCCACAAAGCAUCAAAACAAUGUCAACUUUUCAAGACGAACCGCAUUGAUGGAAGGGAAGGGGAAAAAUGCCAUUAACAAAACCAGAUUUUAAGCCAUCAUUUCAAAGAGGUUCCUGCUGCUGCAGAUUAAUCACAUCAGCUGCUAUCAGAAUAGGGUAAAAGUGUUUCAUCCAAGUGUCAGCAUCCGCUUGGUUCUUCAUUUGCUUCGCUAACUUCUUCAUCAUCAUCAUCAUCAAACAUGUUCUUGGUUAGGACAAUUAGGGGGAGUCUAGGUUAUUUUUCAAGUUAGUUGGUAGAAUUAGGGAAGGAAUUAAUUAAUUAACUAAUCAUAAGUAAUCAUUAAUUCAUGUAAUUGCAUGAGGUGGAAGCUAAAUAUUGGGCUUUGGUUUCUGCCUCACAAGUCACAACACUAAUUAGCAGUUGGAUUAUGUGUCUGGGAUUGCUGAGAGCAUCCAAUGACAUAUAAAGCCACCUCUGUUUAUAUUGGUAAAAGCAAUCGGGUUUCAAAAGAUUUGUUUUAUGUCUUUGAAACACCAAUUUGGUCAAAAGCUUGGGAUAGCUUGAUUGGCCAUUUAACUUGUAAGUUUUUUUUUUUUUUUUGAAUUUGGUCACUGUUUUUUCGGAUAGGAUGGAUUAAUUUGAAGAAAUAGAAGAUUGUCUUUCUGGUUA